GGAGCGAUGGAAGGCCUCAGCCACGUUUUCCAAAGUGAUGAGUUUUCUGACUAUUUUGACAAUACUACUGACAACAUAACCUUCAUAGGGUCCUACAAUCCGGAGCACGCCCUGGCCUGUGUUCAGUCAACACCAGCAGGCUUGCACAUCUUCCUCUUCGUCUUCUACUUGCUAGUCUUCCUGCAGGCCAUCGCUGGAAACCUCGUGGUGGUGUGGGUGGUGUGCUCCAGCCAGAACAGGCUCAGUCCGUCGGAGCUCUUCCUGUUCCACCUGGCCCUGGCGGACCUGCUGCUGGCCGUCACGCUACCACUGCUGGCCGUGUCGGUCCUGCAGGGCUGGCUGUUUGGCAACGUCGCCUGCAAGCUGGUCGGCAUGGCUCUGGAGGUGAACUUCUACGCCAGUGUGCUGUUCCUGGUCUGCAUCAGCGCCGACCGCUACAUGGUGGUGGUGCAUGCCGCCAAGGAGGCCCGGGGUAGCUACGGCGGGCGCAGCACCCGCAGCUGGGUCACCUGCGCGUUCGUCUGGGGCCUCGGCUCUAUCCUGUCCCUUCCUGCCACCAUCUACAACCGCGCCUACCUGUUCCCGGGUAAAGACGGCAAAAUGCAGUGUGGCGAGCACUACGACAUCUCUAGCGCCCAACAGUGGCGGCUGGCCAUGCGCAUGCUCAGUCACCUGCUGGGCUUCCUCCUGCCCCUGGCGGCCAUGCUGGGGUUCUACGGUGUCACCAUCAGCCGCUUGGUCCACACGCGCGGCCUGCGGAAGCAUAAGGCCAUGCGGCUCAUUGUUGCAGUGGUGGCGGCUUUCCUGCUCUGCUGGUGCCCGUACCAUGUCGCCACGAUGAUGGACACACUUCUGAGGGCUGAGCUGGUGGAGUCCAGCUGCAGGAGACGACACGAGGCAGACCUGGCCUUGAAGGUCACGCACAGCCUGGGAGUCCUGCACUGCUGUGUCAAUCCCGUGCUGUACGCCUUCGUGGGCGAGAAGUUCCGGACCAACCUGUGGAGGCUGACAAGAAAGUUGUGUAAGAGGGAGCCUGUGACCAGGCUCAGCAGAUCCACUUCCACCACCUCCCAGGAUGGCAACAAUGCCCUUAUGUGACUCCCUCAGGGAACAGUCAAGGAAAGCCAAGCAUCAGCAGUAUCCACUUCAGUCACUAGAGGCCGCUGUAAAGUUAAGUGAAGGUUGAGAGGGAGUUUUAAUUUUUACAUUUUAAAGAGACAGGGUUAUUAUGCUCUUUCAUGCUUUUUAAUAAUAUUGAUGAUAAUUAUUCUUUAUUACCAGCAAUAAUAAUUAAAGCAAUUCUCAUCACCACAGGAACAUUUUGAAAUGUUUAGCCAAAUAUCUGUAUCUGUACCUUGUCUGAAGUUGACAAAAUGCAUAUUUUUUUCUCUGCAAAUAAUUCUAUAGUAGCCAUUUUGUAUUACUUUUUAAAUUUGUUUCAUCUCCGAAAUUUAAAUUCUACUGCUUGUUUAAGUCAGAUGACAUUAUCCUUGUUGACGUUUGGUGUUUCACCGGCGAUGUCUUUCUGUGACUACCAUUAAGAGUUAACAUGUACCAGUGAGCCUGUUAACAGCCAGAGCAAACAGUGACCUACUUUAAGCAAAAAAGAGACUGCGAAGCACCCUGCAAAGGUGAGCUUGUAAUCUAUAACUUCCAAUGAUAACAUUCUCAUAUAUCACAGAAAACUCACUAUGGUUAUAUCAACACCUAUGGCAUAAACUAGUUUCCACUGAUCUAUAGUAUACACAUGAAGACUACAGGACUUUGUUUACACUGGUUAUUUUAAUGAGUUGUUUUAUGUACUUUUAAAUUUUGUGUCUUUCUAUUCAAUGUUCCUGUUCGUCAUUAUGAACUGAAAUUAGGAAACUGGAAAAUAAAAUCAAAGGCCAGGAUUUGCUGUGCACUAGAGUGACACAAAUUGUAUGAAAUGUCUUAUAGAGGGAAACUGCUUUAUAAGGGUUUCUAAACCUGGGUGAAGAUCCCAGUGAACCACAAAACAGCAGCACAUCCUUAGCAGAGUAAGACGUCAGUGUGAAACCAACAUCUGGAUCUCAGCUGAUGUGACCAUGCAGUGCAUGUGUGUGACGAGUUUAAAACUGUGGGGGACUUUGCUUUGAAUCCUCCAUCAUAACUGCUGUAAUAACGACAUACAAUAUAAUAACCCUUAUAGAAUAGUCUGCUGACUUAUCCAGGUCUUAUUCAUUUAAA